AUGCUUAAUUGCAAGCCGGCGCCCACCCCUGUCGACACGAAGGCGAAGGUCUCUGCUCUGGAGUGGUCUCUCGCAUCCGAUGCAGCGUUCCAUCGCUCCAACGUUGCUGCUUUACAGUACCUGACGCUCACUCGACCCGACUUGCAGUACGCUGUCCAGCAGGUGUGCCUCCAUAUGCACGCUCCGGGUGACUCUCACUGGACUUUGGUGAAGCAUAUUCUCCGUUAUAUACGCGGCACCAUGUCUUUGGGACUCACCCUGACGGCCUCCGCCUCCGCCGACCUCGUGGCCUACUCCGAUGCUGACUGGGAUGGCUGCCCCGACACUUGA